AUGUCAGGAAGACCCAGAGGUAGAGCUUCUCGUCGCUCUCCAGCUCCAAGCAGCUCCAGAAAUCGAGCAGUAGCUGGGCCAGACAGGGCUACAGAUGCCUUCAACAGCAAGAUGGAUAUUGAUCCAGACAUGUUAAGUGCUCACAAAAUUCAGGAUUCUAUCUUGAGCUCUAGCAGUAAAUUCUCUGACUAUCGCGGCAUUUUCAACUGGUGCAUCAUCAUGCUGAUGCUUACUAAUUUGCACAUGUUCCUGGAUAACUACAUAGAGUUUGGCCUCGUGGUUGACCUGGGUCAGGUGUUGUACCAUUUCCUGAAGGACCCCUAUAGCUGGCCGGCCACCUACCUGAUUCUUGCUUCCAACGUGUUUGUGGUGGCCGCUCUGUUCUUCGAGAGAUGGCAGGAAUGGGACUAUAUAACCGAGGCAACAGGAAAAGUUCUAGAGAUUGGAAAUCUGGCUGCUAUGUUGCUUUUUCCUGCAGCCGUAAUAUUGCACGAGUCAACCUCCUUAUCUGUUGGUGGAUCAAUGCUGGCUCUCAUAGUUUACACCGUCACUGCACUCAAGAUCUAUUCCUACCACGAAGUCAACAGCUGGUUUCGUCAGGGGAUACAAACCAGUUCAGGCACUGGGGUAAAAAAUGAAUCUGAGCACAAGUGGGUGUUGUAUCCAAACAACUUAACAACAGGAAAUCUCUAUUACUUCUUGUUGGCACCCACUCUCUGCUACCAGCUCAACUUCCCACGCAAUGUUGUCAUUCGCAAAUGGUUUGUGGCCCAUAGGGCCCUGGAAAUUAUCUUACUCAGUCAGCUCAUGAUAGCAAUGAUUCAGCAGUUAAUUUUCCCACACAUACUGAAGUCAUCGCGUUUAUUUACAGCUCCAAAUAAUUUUAUCUGGAUCAUCUUGUUCUACUGGUUCUGUCACUCUGUCCUCAACUUCAUGGGCGAGUUGCUAAAAUUUGGAGACCGGGAGUUCUAUGCAGACUGGUGGAACUCUGAUAACCUUAACAGGUUCUGGACUACCAUGAAUCUCCCAUUCCACAAGUGGAGCAUGAGGCAUGUCUACAAGCCCCUUCUCAUGCAAGGGUUUCCUCAGUGGCAAGCUCAGGUCAUUGUCUACAUGGUGUCUGCAGCUCUCUGUGAGUAUGUCAUUGCCAUUCCACUGGAGAUGUUCCGUUUCUGGAUCUUUGCAACAGUUGUUCUACAGGCUAAAAUGACUUUGUUGCUGGGCCGGUUCUUCAGUGGCAACUACGGGAACUGCUUGGUGUGGCUGUGUGUGCUCAUGGGCCCCCCAAUAGCAGUGCUGACCUAUUUGCACGAUUACUACAUGCUAAAUAGAGAAAGCAAUGCCUGGAGUUUAUAUUAACGGCCUGUUAACAUAUAAAGAGCAAAGCAACAUUUCCAGGACAUUAAACACAACUCUCUAGCAGAAACCUGGCUGCUUGUGUGUAGUGCAUUCAGCUGAGCUGACUAGACAUCAGUUAAGACUGUCGAUUAUGUGUAAUGAUCUGCCCUCUUUAUACAUAUUUGAACUCUUUCUGAUCCAUACCUCUACAUCUGUGCCUUGUAUAGCUGUCUACUCUUAUUAAUGUUGUCUUACCUGUGGAGCUCUAUCAACUUGUAUGCCUAAUCUGUCUCUUGGUAUCUAGAUCUGUAUACUCAAUUACUGUAUACACAGUGAUGCCCAUAAAUAUGAACCCCCUGUGGCUUCAGGUAAUAAAACAAUUAAUCACUUCGCUAUCUGGCUGUGCUGCUAAUCAGAGAGCUGAAUAAUGACUACAUUUUCAACUACAAAGCAAGUUAAGAAUGACAAGCCCUAAUCUAAAUCUUGUCCAAGUCUAAACAUGCUUAGACUAGUCUCUGUGGACUAGAGAAGUCUUCCCAUUACUAAUAACCAUUUCCUGUAUGUACAGUACAGUAUUUGUGCAUAUGUCUAGAGGAUGGAUAUCUUUUACCACCAAUAUCAACCUCAAUCCAUGUUGGGUUCAGAACAGGAUAGAAACAUUGAUAUUUCCAUCCAAGUAUCAAAAUAUUGAAAUAAAAUAAUACAGGUUUAUUAUGUUAUUAUAAAAGCAAAGCAUGAAUAUUUUAGAUCAAAAUUACUUUCUACAAAAGAUGUUAUAGGUAGUGGAGCAUUUAACAACAAAAUUAGUUUUACAAACCGAUCACAUAGCAUAUGGUCAGUAACUGGACCCGUCUCUAGUUUGUGAAACCUAGUAAGACAGUAUCGAAGACCUAACUUUAAGCAGUAUAUUAUUCCAGAUUUGAAAAGGGGUGCAGCAAGAUGCUGUAUUAAUGUCUCAGAAUACAAUUCAAACGCCAGCAUUUUGUUGGCUGGUUGACAUAAGAGUCAACUUACUAGUAUACAUUUGUGGCUCUACAAGUUCAUUCUUUUUUCAGUCCCCAAACUAUUUAAAAUAAUGCUUUUUCAGAAGUUGCAUAAAGAAUCAACAUUCAUAGAGUACUGUAGUUAUACCACGAUGGAGAACUGGAGGAAUCACAAACCGAGUCCUCAAAGGAAUCCAAAAUCUGAUCCUGUAAACAAAUAAUAUUCACUCUCUAACGCUGAAUGUAUUCAACACUAGAACUAUCAACACUUGUUGUAUAAACCAUCAUAUUUCAUUAUUAAGAGAUUGCCAUUUAUUAUGCAUAACAGUCUUUUAAAAAGUUUGCUUUAUAAAAACUUUCAAACGAAUUACCUAUUUAAAAAGCAAGAUGUUUACCGGUACAAUAAUUGCACAGCAUGAUAAUUGUUUAACAAUCUGGAGAAAUCCUAGCUAUAGAAAAAAUGUAAGUGAACCAGGUAAUGUUUGUUAAAAGCAUAUGGGACAUUUUUUGCACUGUAACAAUGUUCAAACUGAA